GCCCCCUACUUCCGCUUCCGGUGCGGGCCGCGCGCGAGCGCAGCGGUGGGAGGCGGCGACGAGCCGGUUGAGGCCCCCAGCUUGGCCUCACCACGAUGUGGCACGAGGCUCGGAAGCAUGAGCGGAAGCUUCGAGGCAUGAUGGUUGACUACAAGAAGAGGGCAGAGCGGCGGCGGGAGUACUAUGAAAAGAUCAAGAAGGACCCAGCACAGUUCCUGCAGGUGCACGGCCGAGCAUGCAAGGUGCACCUGGACUCUGCAGUCGCCCUGGCCGCCGAGAGCCCCGUCAACAUGAUGCCCUGGCAGGGGGACACCAACAACAUGAUUGACCGCUUCGAUGUCCGUGCCCACCUUGAUCACAUCCCCGACUACACGCCCCCUCUGCUUACCACCAUCUCCCCAGAACAGGAGUCAGAUGAGCGGAAAUGUAACUACGAGCGCUACCGAGGCCUGGUGCAGAACGACUUCGCUGGCAUCUCGGAGGAGCAGUGUCUGUACCAGAUCUACAUUGACGAGCUGUACGGAGGCCUCCAGAGACCCAGUGAGGAUGAGAAGAAGAAGCUGGCGGAGAAGAAGGCCUCCAUUGGCUACACCUAUGAAGACAGCACCGUGGCCGAGGUAGAGAAGGCGGCGGAGAAGCCGGAGGAGGAGGAGUCACCAGCCGAGGAGGAGAGCAACUCGGACGAAGAUGAGGUCAUCCCCGACAUCGACGUGGAGGUGGAUGUGGACGAACUGAACCAGGAACAGGUGGCAGAUCUCAACAAGCAGGCCACCACCUAUGGCAUGGCCGACGGCGACUUCGUCAGGAUGCUCCGGAAAGACAAGGAGGAGGCAGAGGCUAUCAAGCAUGCCAAGGCCCUUGAGGAAGAGAAGGCCAUGUACUCGGGCCGCCGCUCCCGGCGCCAGCGGAGGGAGUUCCGGGAGAAGCGACUGAGGGGCCGGAAGAUCAGCCCACCCAGCUAUGCCCGCCGAGACAGCCCCACCUACGAUCCCUAUAAGCGGUCACCCUCUGAGUCCAGCUCCGAGUCCCGCUCCCGUUCCCGCUCCCCGACCCCAGGCCGUGAGGAGAAGAUCACGUUCAUCACCAGUUUUGGGGGCAGCGAUGAGGAGGCAGCCGCGGCCGCAGCGGCAGCAGCCGCAUCAGGGGCCACCACAGGGAAGCCCCCCGCACCCCCCCAACCCGGCGGCCCCGCACCGGGACGUAAUGCCAGCGCCCGCCGCCGUUCCUCCUCUUCCUCCUCCUCCUCCUCUUCCGCCUCGAGGACCUCCAGCUCCCGCUCCAGCUCCCGCUCCAGCUCCCGCUCCCGCCGAGGCGGGGGCUACUACCGCUCAGGCCGCCACGCGCGCUCCCGCUCCCGGUCCUGGUCCCGCUCUCGGUCCCGUUCCCGGCGCUAUUCGCGCUCCCGGAGCCGCGGCCGGCGGCACUCUGGCGGGGGCUCCCGGGAUGGACACCGGUACUCGCGCUCGCCUGCCCGGCGCGGUGGUUAUGGGCCCCGGCGCAGAAGCAGGAGCCGCUCCCGCUCCGGGGACCGGUACCGGCGGGGCGGCCGGGGCCCCCGGCACCACAGCAGUAGCCGCAGCCGCAGCAGCUGGUCCCUCAGCCCAUCCCGCAGCCGCAGCCUGAGCCGUAGCCGCAGCCCCAGCCCCAGCCGUAGCCGCAGCCGCAGCCCCAGCCGCAGCCGCAGCCGCAGCCAGAGCCGCUCGCCAUCGCCCCCGAGGGAGAAGCUGACCAGGCCGGCGGCGUCCCCCGCUGUGGGCGAGAAGCUGAAAAAGACCGAACCUGCCGCUGGUAAAGAGACAGGAGCUGCCAAACCCAAGCUGACACCACAGGAGAAGCUGAAGCUGAGGAUGCAGAAAGCACUGAACAGGCAGUUCAAGGCGGAUAAGAAGGCAGCCCAGGAGAAGAUGAUCCAGCAGGAGCAUGAGCGGCAGGAGCGGGAAGACGAGCUUCGAGCCAUGGCCCGCAAGAUCCGCAUGAAGGAGCGGGAACGUAGAGAGAAGGAGCGAGAAGAAUGGGAACGCCAGUACAGCCGACAGAGCCGCUCACCCUCCCCCCGUUACAGUCGAGAAUACAGCUCUUCCCGAAGGCGCUCAAGGUCCCGAUCUCGAAGUCCCCAUUAUCGACAUUAGGCAGAAGUGUGGGGAGCAGGAGGAUGGGGGGGGGUGAGGGCUCAGGCUGUGAUGCUGCUGGUUUGAUCUCUAAUGAAAUAAAAUCACUCGUUAUUUAAUUCCCUUGA